UUCUCCGGUAAUAAGUAUGUCGUAACUCGUGACUGGAAUGAGUCACGGUAAUCUUAUCGUCUAACCGCGGUUCCUUGGAACCUAAUGGAAUUUCGAGAUUGCCGUUUCGCUGCACGAGAGAGUUCCGAUUUUCCAAUCGCGAGACCGGCGGAAGGGCGGUGGCGAACCGGGCGCGAGGAGCGUAUCUCGCGCAAUGUGUGAAAGUCUUCGAGUGCGAAUCUAACUAUCGCUCGAAUGUCCCAAGGUCGCGUACGCCCGCACGAUUGUAGAUCACGAGGGGAUAUCUACGCGCACGGCGCACGGUACACUCUCGUGGUCGAUCCGUAAGAAAACAUAGGCGCGCAGCCUUUUUUUCCUCGGCUCUCAGUCUCGUCGACACUCGAUCGACAGUUCGCACACGGCUGCAGCAUGGGCGCGGGCAAUUGCAGAGCCUUCCGGAGAAGCGCCGACUCGAGUCAGGACAUCUCCGCCGCAACAGCACGAGGACGGACGCACCGAUCGAAUAGUGCCGGCACGUUCUUUCUCUACUUUCUCAGUGCCUUGCGGGGAUCGAUGCGUUGUGUCAGGACACUCGCGCUGCUCGGACGGAGGUGGGCCGCCUUGACGAACAUGUCGUUCUCGCGCCUUUUCCAGGGCUCUUCGGAACAACAUGACUAUGUCGAGGGUGUGGUGUGCAAGCAGGAAGAUAUCAACGAAAAUGAGAUGCAGCAGUUAUCGCUUGGAGAGGACGGGGGAAAAAUUUUGUUGGUGAAACAAAAGGGAGAAUUGUACGCGAUUGGUACCAAAUGCACGCAUUACGGUGCUCUGCUACAUACCGGCGCGUUAGCAGAAGGACGGGUGAGAUGUCCGUGGCACGGCGCGUGUUUUAACAUCAAAACUGGGGACAUUGAAGAUUAUCCAGGCUUGGAUUCUCUACCAUGCUACAAGGUGCGCGUGGACGAAGCCGGUCUUGUUCACGUAAGAGCCAAACGUAAGGACCUGGAUAUUAACAAACGCACGAAGGAUAUGGCUGCACGUGACCCUGAAAAUACGAAAACGGUCGUAAUAGUUGGCGGUGGACCGUCGGGUGCGACUUGUGCGGAGAGUCUGCGACAGGAAGGCUUUACAGGACGCAUCGUUAUGGUGUGCAGAGAGAACGCGGUACCCUACGAUCGAAUAAAAGUGUCCAAAGUGUUGGAUUUCAAUGUUCAGAAAGCGGCAUUACGACCUGCCUCGUUUUACAACGAUCACAAGAUCGAAACGAAACUUGGAGUAGAAGCGAUAGGUCUAGAUACGACUCAGAAUAUUGUCAAAUUGAGUAAUAACGAGAACUUGAAGUACGAUUAUCUAUUUUCUUGCACAGGCAGUAAACCGAGGAUGCCAAAUGUUCCUGGAGCGAAUUUAUCGAAUAUUUUUGUUCUACGAGAUUAUACUGAUUCGCAAGGUGUAUAUGCGCUUCUGUCUCCCGAGAAACAUGUAGUUGUCCUAGGAUUAGGCUUUAUCGGCAUGGAAGCCGCGGCUUAUUGUAUCGGCAAAUGCGCGUCUGUCACGGUAAUAGGACGCGAUACCGUGCCGCUCAGAGCGAUAUUCGGCGCGGACAUCGGUAGCAGAAUUAAAAAAGAGCACGAGGCAAAAGGUGUGAAAUUCAUUUUCCAGAACAAUAUCAAGCAAUUUAUUCCAAAAGAAGGUGAAGAAAGUGUUGUGGCUAAGGUCGAACUUACAGACGGCCAGAUUCUACCAGCGGAUAUAGCUAUUGUUGGAAUAGGAUCCACUUUUUAUACAGACUGGCUGAAAGAAUCUUCUGUUCAAAUGAGAGACGAUGGUGCUAUACCAGUAAAUAAGCAUUUAAGAACGAGUGUGGAAAAUGUAUAUGCUGGAGGUGACAUAGCUUAUGCACCGAUAUAUGGAUCCGACGACACGUUAGCUGCGAUAGGUCAUUAUUCUUUAGCUCAUUAUCACGGCAAAAUUGCAGCUCUAAACAUAUGCGGUAAAGAAACUGCUUUGAAGACUGUGCCAUUCUUCUGGACGAACUUACUGGGUAGAAAUUACAGAUAUGCAGGCCACGGAAACCCUACUAGCAUAAAGAUUCAUGGCUCACUGGACAAACUGGAAUUCUUCGCUUACUAUCUUAAAGAUGGCAAAGUAAUAGGAAUUAGUAGUGUUAAUGCUGAUCCAGUUGCAGCAGAUUUUGCAAAUAUGCUGUACGAGGGAAAGAUACUAACAGAAGAGGAGAUUAAUACAGAUCCGUUUGGUUGGAUGAAAAAUAAGCCAAAGGAUGUCUCAACCCGGUUUCAAGAAAGCAUUCUUAUUGACGUGCAAGCUUGAAUCAAUUUAUACAAACGAAAUAAUUUAAUGAUUUAGAACAAUUAUGUCACAGUAUUAGUCGCAACUUUUACUUUGUACAUUCUCAAUGUACCUUAUUAGACGUAACUUGUGUAAUAUAUUUCAUGAUACUGUUCUUAUGUUAAGAAAUACUUUAUGUAGUAUAUUCGGCAUUGUGCACAAAAAGAAAAGAGAAAAUUAAAUGUCAUUGUUGAA